AUGGAAUUGAUUUCAUCGUCGUUUUCGACUCGUGUCAGUCAGAUUCGAGACAACACAUCGAUCUCCUUGCGAUUUUCAUACUUACUUCAUUUUUUUUUCANAACUAAUGGUUCAUCUGAGAUUACUGAUCUCUCAGGACUUGCUGAUCAAAUUUCGAAAAAGUACAGCGUGUCCCGGAAUAUGGUACGAGUACUUUCAGCUCGAUUCGUUCAAUCUCUCAUUUUGACCACAAGAACACCACAAAGCGCAUCGACCACUACCGACGCAAACCUAAAGUUGAAAACGGUAUUGACAAUUGCAACUGAAUUUAACUAUCCAAGUUCAUGUCAUCAAGUAACAGCGUGUACCAAACGUUAUAUAACUAACAUCCAAAACACAAUCCAAAGGACUGAUUCAGCCGUUACCUUCGCAAUAUCACUUAGUAGCGGUAUCAGCCUCAACCUUGACGCCACUUUUUCUUCAUUCAACGUAACCGGGCCGACUACCACAACUACCACAACCACCACCACCACUACUACCACAACACAAACAACCGACACUACUACUACGACUACAGCAACCACUACUACGACUACAGCAACCACCACUACCACUACAGCAACCACUACUACGACUACAGCAACCACAACUACCACCACAGCAACCACUACUACGACUACGGAGACCACUACUACCACUACAGCAACCACCACUACCACUACAGAAACCACUACUACAACUACAGCAACCACGACUACCACUACGGAAACCACGACUACGACUACAGCAACCACCACUACCACUACAGCAACCACUACUACCACUACAGAAACCACUACUACCACUACGGAAACCACGACUACGACUACAGCAACCACCACUACCACUACAGAAACCACUACUACCACUACAGAAACCACUACUACCACUACAGCAACCACGACUACGACUAUGGAAACAACUACUACAACUACAGAAACCACUACUACCACUACAGCAACCGCUACUACCACUACGGAAACCACGACUACGACUACAGCAACCACCACUACCACUACAGCAACCACUACUACCACUACGGAAACCACGACUACGACUACAGCAACCACCACUACCACUACAGCAACCACGACUACCACUACAGCAACCACUACUACCACUACAGAAACCACGACUACCACUACAGCAACCACGACUACGACUACAGCAACCACUACUACCACUACAGAAACCACUACUACCACUACAGCAACCACGACUACGACUACAGCAACCACUACUACCACCACAGCAACCACUACUACGACUACGGAGACCACUACUACCACUACAGCAACCACUACUACCACUACGGAAACCACGACUACGACUACAGCAACCACCACUACCACCACAGCAACCACUACAACGACUACAGAAACCACCACUACGACUACAGCAACCACCACUACCACUACAGAAACCACUACUACCACUACGGAAACCACGACUACGACUACAGCAACCACUACUACCACUACAGCAACCACGACUACGACUACGGAAACCACUACUACAACUACAGAAACCACCACUACCACUACAGAAACCACUACUACAACUACAGCAACCACGACUACGACUACGGAAACCACUACUACCACGACUAUGCCGUGGAACAACAAUUUAUUGAUUAACGGUGAUGGUGAAACUGGUCCUUGCGAAACAGGCGGUGGUGUUACACCUCCAACAGGAUGGAAUUACAAUGGAACGAUUACUCAAAUAUCCUAUAAUAAUCCUACAUAUGGAGUUCUUACUCCUUCAGAUCCUGGGCCGAGUAACCGUGGUAAUUGUUAUUUCUUUGGACAAGUGUCGAAUGUUACUUCAAUGUGGCAAACAGUAAAUGUGACACACACUGUUGAUCCAGUUUUAAUUGAUAAUUCUGUGGUCAAAUUCAAUCUAUCAGCAUGGAUUGGCGGUUGGAGUUCUCAAAAUGAUAAUGCGCGUGUUUCAAUAGCUUUUGCUGAUCAAGCAAAUCAAAUGCUGGGCAAUCGAACAACAAUCGGCCCAGUAUUAGCUGCUGAUCGAAACAGUCAAUCAUCAUUGCUCUUUCGUCAAGCUACUGGACUUGUACGAGCUGGGACUCGUUCUUUUACAAUACUUGUCACUAUCACUUGUAUAGCUCCAAUUGCGAAUGAUGGCGUUGUUGAUAAUAUUGGAAUUUAUUUCUAUCAAUAA